UGCUACUGAAAUCUAUAAAGUUUCACAAAUGCAUAGAUUAACAACUAUGCAUAAUUUUUCAGCUGUGAUAAAAGACUGGAUAGAACAACUUGAACUAUCAAUUGAUCAGUUCACUCAAAGAGGAAGUGGAUGGGUACUUGAGAAAGUAAAAGUACUCGAGAUACGAAUUGGUAAAUUGAAAGAGCAUAGUGGGGGUUGUAAAACCACUCGACUACCACUCAUACUUCAUCGGAAAAAAAGUUUACUAUCACCAAACUGCAAAAAAGAGUGCUUCAAAUGGUCUGUUCUCAUGGGACUUCAUCCACAAAAAAGACAUAAAGAAAAGCUUUAUCUCUACAAAAGAUAUGAAGGAUUGUAUAAUUUCAAAGACGUUGGCGAAAUGACUUCAAUUUCACAAAUUAAAAGAUUCGAAAGAAGAAAUAACAUUUCGAUAAAUAUUUAUACAUUAUCACUUGAUGAGAAAAAGAAAAUUGUGCCUCUCGUUAUAAAUGAAAAACGUAAAGAGAAACAUGUUAAUUUAUUUUUUUACAACGAUCACUACUAUUGCAUUACCAACUUUAAUGCACUUAUCAAAUCUAAUCGCUCAUGGGAACGAUUUUACUGCUAUUCGUGCUUAUCCGGCUUCAGAGAUGUGCAUUCAUUAAAAAAACACGAAGUCCCUUGUUACAACAAAGCACCACAACGUGUUAUUUUACCGGGAACAGCUAAAGUUCCAACAAAAUGCAAAUUUAAUAAAAUUGAAAAGACGAUAAGCUUUCCGUAUGUUGUUUACGCAGAUUUUGAAGCAUUGUUGGUAAAAUCUGACAAAGCUCUCACACGCAAUACAUUCGAGUACCAAAAACAUGAAGCAUGCUCAUUUGGGUUGGUUGCUGUUGAUUGGAGUGAUAAUAUUAUUUACAAAGAAUUUUACAGAGGUCAUGAUGCUUCGGAAAAAUUUAUUGAAACUUUAAUAGAGCUACGAGAGUUUCUUCAAACCCAUCUAGAUCUGAACAGAAAACCAGUUUCAAUGAAUAAUACUGAGAGAAUAGUUUAUGAAAGUGCAACCCAAUGUUAUGUUUGUCAUAAACUAUUGAAUGAUGAUAAAGUGCUAGAUCAUUGUCAUCUUACAGGGAAAUUUCGAGGAGCAGCGCAUAAUCAAUGUAAUCUUCAAAUGCGUUUACCUGAUAAAUUACCAAUAAUUUUUCACAAUUUAAAAGGAUACGAUGCACAUUUAAUAAUUAAAGGUCUCAAGACAGAUCUAAUUAAAAACAUCAGUGUGAUUCCACAAAAUACUGAAAAGUAUAUCGCAAUAAUCAUGGACAAUUUCCUGUUCUUAGAUAGCCUUGCUUUCUUACUUUCAAGUUUGGAUACACUUGCAAACAAUCUUCCAACUGAGGAAAAAACAAAGUUUUUGAAACAGGUAUUUUCCGAAGCUGAUUUACCAUACAUCCUUGCAAAAGGGGCCCUACCUUAUGAGUAUAUGGACUCAUGGGGAAAAUUCGAGGAAAGAAAAUUACCUCCAAUCAAUGCAUUUUUUUCAAGUUUGUCACAAAAAACUAUUGACCAACAAACCUAUGACAGAUUAAAUGGAAUAUGGAAUCAUUUUGAAUGCGAAAAUCUAGGUGAUUUUCAUGAUAUUUAUCUAAAAGUUGAUGUUUUACUACUCACAGCAAUUUUUCAAAACUUUCGUGCUACAAGUUUAAAACAAUUUGGGUUGGAUCCAUGUCAUUAUUUCUCAACACCUGGUUUAACAUGGGAUGCAGCUUUGAAGUUUACUGGAAUGAAAUUAGAUCUUUUAACCGACAUCGAUAUGAUUUUGAUGAUUGAAAAUGCAAUAAGAGGAGGAAUAUCAUGCGUGAUGUCAAGAUAUGCAAAAGCAAAUAAUGAAUUCACUGAGGAAUAUAAUUCAGAAGAGCCUACAUCAUUCAUUGCUUAUCUUGAUGUUAAUAAUCUUUAUGGUUAUGCACUGAGUGACAUUUUACCAUGUCGAAAUUUUGCAUGGGUUCCACAAAACGAGGUUGAUGGAGUGAUUGAUGAAAUUUUAAAUACUAAUCAGGAAAGAAAAACAGGAUAUAUUCUAGAAGUAGAUUUAGAUUAUCCUGAAUCAUUGCAUGAUGAACAUAAUGAUUAUCCACUUGCCCCUGAGAAAAUUAUUGUAGAUAAUGAUCAGUUAAGUAAUUUUCAAAAGGAAAUCGUCAGCAUGUUGGAAGAAAAUGGAGUGAAGCGCUAUAAAACCAAAAAACUUGUUCCGAAUUUAAUGAAUAAGAAAAAAUAUGUCCUUCACGAACGUAAUUUAAAAUUCUACAUUGAGAAAGGGUUGAUUCUUAAAAAAGUACACCGGAUCAUCAAAUUCGAACAAGAGCCUUGGUUGCGUUCUUAUAUUCAAAUGUGUACUGAAAAUAGAAAAAGGGCUACAUCAUCAUUCGAAAAAGAUUUCUGGAAGCUAAUGGUGAAUUCUUUAUAUGGAAAAAGUAUUGAAGAUAAAAGAAAGCAUAGUAAAGUCAAAGUUGCUACAAAUGGUAGACAAGCUCUACAACAAAUAAGGAAACCAAUGUUUGAACAAUUUUACAUACUGGACAAUGAUAUAGCAAUAAUCAAAUUGAAAAAGUUUGAAGUUAUCCUCGAUAAACCCAUUUAUUUAGGUUUCACUGUCUUGGAAUUAUCAAAGUUACAUAUGUAUAAAUUACAUUAUGAUCAUUUCAAACCUAAAUAUGAAUCAAAAUUAUCUCUCACCUACACUGAUACAGAUAGCUUCAUCUACAAAAUAGAAACAGACGACUUAUUCAAAGAUUUAGAAGAUUUCGAUUAUUUGAUGGAUUUUUCUGACUAUCCACAAAAUCACUUCUUACACACGACUAAUAAUAAGAAGAAACUUGGAUACCUUAAAGAUGAAAUGAAUGGCCAAAUCAUUGAUGAAGUAGUCGCUAUAAAGUCUAAACUUUAUGCUAUCAAGUAUGGUGCAAAUAAAAAAUUAACAGCUAAAGGCGUUCAAAAGGCAGUCGUUAAAAGUAGUAUUUCAAUUGAAAAUUACAAGGAUUGUCUGUUUUCAAAUGCUUUAUUGAAACACGACAACUUUAGAUUGCAGAGUAAACAACACUGCAUUUCUUCUGUGAGAAUAAAUAAAUUAUCUUUCUCACCGCUCGAUGAUAAAAGAUACAUUUUAGAUGAUGCAGUCAGCACUUUAGCUUUCGGUCACUAUCGAAUCAAUACAACUCUUGAUUAAAGAUGACAAAAUACAACAUCAAAGUUAGACUGGCACAGAUCAGUGCCAAAAAAGCAGGCAGAC